AUGGGCCCUAGUGCAGUUGCCCACAAACUUAUAAGAGCCUUCCUGGAUAAAACCAUUAGUUCAUCCAGUCUAUGUAAACACUUAGUAACCUCUAAUCCUGGCCUUGACAAGGAUAAGUACCAGUUUGGGAAGACAAAAAUAUUUUUCCGGGCUGGUCAAGUAGCUUAUUUGGAAAAAAUAAGGGCCGAUAAACUGAGAGCAGCUUGCAUCCGUAUCCAAAAGACUAUCAGGGGGUGGCUGAUGAGGAAGAAGUACCUGCGCAUGAGGAAAGCAGCCAUCACCAUUCAGAAAUAUGUCCGUGGAUACCAGGCACGAUGCCUUGCAAUGUUCUUACGAAGAACCAAAGCUGCCAUUGUCAUCCAGAAAUUCCAGCGCAUGGAUGCUGCACGAAAACAGUAUCGGCGCAUCCGAGCAGCUACCAUUACUCUCCAGUCGCACUCGCGAGGUUACAUUGCCAGGAAGAAGUAUCACAAGAUGCUUUGGGAGCACAAGGCCACCAUUAUCCAAAAACAUGUGCGCGGCUGGCUGGCUCGCUUGCGCUAUCACCGGACUUUGAAGGCAAUUAUUUACCUGCAAUGCUGCCUCCGGCGCAUGAGGGCCAAGAGGGAGCUGAAGAAGCUGAAGAUAGAAGCUCGCUCAGUGGAGCACUACAAGAAACUCAACGUCGGCAUGGAGAACAAGAUUAUGCAACUCCAGCGUAAAAUCGACGACCAGACACGAGACUCCAGGUCCCUGGUGGAGAAGCUAACUAGCUUAGAGGCAACUUACACUUCCGAGACAGAGAAGCUGCGGAAUGACGUAGAGAGGCUUCGGAUGAGUGAAGAAGAGGCCAAGAAUGCCACCAAUCGCCUCAUUAGCCUUCAAGAGGAGAUCGGGAGGCUGCGGAAAGAGCUGGAUCAGAUCCAGACGGAGAACAAAACCAUCAAAGAAAAGGCGGAUCUCUACAAACAAGAAACAGACAAGCUGGUGCUUGAACUAAAAGAGCAAAACACCCUUCUCAAAGAGGAGAAAGAUGACCUGAAUAGCCGCAUCCAAAACCAGGCCAAAGAAAUUACAGAGGUCAUGGAGAAAAAGCAUCUGGAGGAGACAAAGCAACUGGACCUAGACCUGAACAACGAAAGGCAGAGGUAUCAGAAUCUGCUCCAAGAAUUCAGCCGGCUAGAAGAGCGAUAUGAUGACCUGAAAGAUGAGAUGAGGCUGAUGGAGGUGAGUGGACCAGAUGCCAAAUUCAGUAUCAGACUUGGGUUUGGGAAGAGAUGCUUUCCAAGAGCUCCAGAGAAAUGGGAAUGUAGAGUCUCAGCUGAUGCUCCAAUGUUGCUGCCACGUUUGGUCCUCUGCGUUGUGGGCCUGUUUCCCUGCAAGCCCUUAUUUCCCAUGUGCUUUCAUCUUUUUCCUCACGAUAACAAAAAGUAUGCAGAUCUGCCCCUCCUUCCAGUAGAACUUUCUGAUCUACCACCCUUCCCCAUUUGCCCUGUCAAUCAGGAACCAAGCGAGAAAAAGGCACCUUUGGACAUGUCUCUCUUCCUCAAACUACAAAAACGAGUGAAGGAGCUGGAGCUGGAAAAACAGUCCCUGCAGGACGAGCUAGAGAAGAAAGAAGACCAAGUUCUGCGAGCCAAGGCCAAGGAGGAAGAAAGGCCUCAGAUGAGAGGAGCAGAGCUGGAAUACGAAUCGCUUAAGCGCCAAGAGCUGGAGUCGGAGAAUAAGAAACUAAAGAACGAAUUGAACGAGUUGAGGAAGGCCUUGAUGGAAAAGAGUGCUCCAGAUGUCACGAUGCCUGGCGCCCCAGCAUACAGGGUCCUUUUGGACCAGAUGACCUCCGUCAGUGAAGAGCUGGAGGUCCGCAAGGAGGAAGUUCUCAUCCUGAGGUCUCAGCUGAUGAGCCAGAAGGAGGCAGUGCCGUACAAGAACACCAUGACAGACUCUACAAUUCUUCUGGAAGAUGUUCAAAAGUUGAAGGACAAAGGAGAGAUCGCUCAGGCUUAUAUUGGACUGAAGGAAACAAACAGGCUUCUGGAAUCUCAGCUGCAAACUCAGAAGAGAAGCCACGAGAACGAUCUGGAGGCCCUCCGUGGAGAGAUCCAGAGUCUGAAGGAGGAGAAUAACCGCCAGCAGCAGUUGCUGGCCCAGAACCUCCAGCUGCCCCCGGAAGCCCGGAUAGAGGCCAGUCUGCAGCAUGAAAUCACCCGUCUGACCAAUGAAAACCUGUGGGCCAGAUGGAGAACAUUUCACCUGGGCAGAUCAUUGACGAGCCCAUACAUCCCGUGAAUAUCCCAAGGAAAGAAAAAGACUUCCAAGGAAUGUUAGAAUACAAGAAAGAGGAUGAACCGAAGCUCGUUAAGAAUCUCAUCUUAGACCUGAAGCCUCGUGGAGUGGCAGUAAAUCUCAUCCCAGGGCUUCCAGCUUACAUUUUGUUCAUGUGUGUCCGGCAUGCUGACCACCUUAACGAUGAUCAAAAAAUGAGGUCCUUGCUGACUUCUACAAUUAACGGCAUCAAAAAAAAUCUGAAGGUACAACGUAAGCCAGCUGGAAGAAUGGCUUCGCGACAAAAACCUGAUGACCAGCGGUGCCAAGGAGACCCUUGAGCCCUUGAUCCAGGCUGCCCAGCUGCUACAAGUGAAAAAGAAGACCGACGAGGACGCAGGGGCCAUCUGCUCCAUGUGCCACGCAUUGACUACUGCACAGGUAACCCUCUUCCGGGACAAGAACACUAACGUGAUUCCGUUCUUCUCUUUGCAGCUGCGAAUGCGGGACAAGAAGGAUUCUCCUCAACUCCUAAUGGAUGCUAAGCAUAUUUUCCCCGUCACUUUCCCAUUCAACCCUUCCUCUCUUGCGUUAGAAACUAUCCAGAUCCCAGCUAGUUUGGGUCUAGGGUUCAUCACUCGCGUCUGAACCAAGGACAGAGUUAAGCUGUCGACCACCCGUCUCUUAACGAUGGAAAUAAAUUGAGUCAAAAAGCCAUUGGGGGUUUUGGGGGAAGGAAUAGAGGGGAAAAAAAGACUGGGAAGGAAUCGUGUUUAUGCUCUUAAAACCGCAUUGCAGGAAAACUGGAAUGCGUCAUCCAUUCUCUCGCAACCGAAAGCUGAUAGAAACCAUUGCACAUUUGUACAAAUUCACUCGUCCCGUGCUGAGGCCUACCUAAAGCUUUCAGGUUAAGAAAAAAAAACGUCGGUACACAAACCUUAAUGUUUCUUUCUGUCCCCCCCCUCCCCAGUUGGUUGCAAGUGGUCUUAUAUUUACAUUGUAAACCAAAAAACAGUCUGUGACUGAUAAAUCGCGA